UACGGAACAAGCGCACGCAGCGCGAUGAACCCGAGCCUAGAAGCGCAAACAAGAAUUGAAUCCAACAUCCCCCUCCUCCUGCUGGUCUAGUCUAGCUUCUCCCACCCGAUUUGCGGCGUCUCCAGUGCACGCUGCAGCCGCGCGGCCUGGCGGAAUCUUCCUUGCUGCUGCUGGUUUCCAAGUGGUUCUGCUGGCACUGGUGGAUGUCUGAUCGCGAGGAAGCAAUGGAGUGGUGGGGUGCUCAUGUUUUGUACUACCGAACAUGAAAGGAGCCUUUACAAUGGCACCGGGAAGCAGCAUUGUGACUGUGGUUCCCGAGUCAGACUGUGGAGAUGAUGGCCUUUCUGAGGCACUUGGGGGUAUUAGGCUUGAUGUAGACUCUACAAGUAAACCAUGGUCUACGUCACUAGCCAGUGUUGCAUUAUCAUCACUGGCUGGCUUGAAUGAUUUGCUCGAAUGCCCAGUAUGUACAAACUCAAUGCGUCCACCUAUACUACAGUGCCCAAAUGGCCACACAAUUUGCUCCAGCUGCAAGCAUAGGGUAGAGAACCAUUGCCCAACUUGCCGCCAAGAACUGGGAAACAUCAGAUGUUUGGUUCUUGAGAAGGUGGCAGAACAACUUCAGCUUCCAUGCAAAUACCAAAGCAUGGGAUGCACUGAAAUUCACCCGUACAAGAACAAACUCAAGCAUGAGGAGCUCUGCAGGGUCAGGCCAUACAACUGUCCGUACGCAGGUUCAGAGUGUCUGAUCACAGGUGAUGUUCCGUUUCUGGUGUCUCAUCUCAUCAAUGACCAUAAGGUGGACCUGCAUGAGGGAUGCACGUUUAACCACCGGUAUGUGAAGCCCAAUCCUUACAAAGUGGAAAAUGCUACAUGGAUGCUCACAGUCUUCAAGUGUUUCGGGCAGCACUUCUGCCUGCACUUUGAGGCAUUCCUGCUUGGGAUGGCGCCGGUGUACAUGGCGUUCCUGCGGUUCAUGGGCGAGGAGAGCGAGGCGCAGUGCUUUGGGUACAGCCUGGAGGUGGGCUGGGGCAGGCGGAAGCUGACAUGGCAGGGCACGCCGCGGAGCAUCAGGGACAGCCACCGGAAGGUGCAGGACAGCUCUGAUAGGCUGAUCAUCCACUGGAACAUGGCGCUUUUCUUCUCUGGUGGCAGCAGGCAGGAGCACAAGCUGCGGGUCACCGGCCGCAUCUGGAGGGAGCAAGGGCAAUGAGCCUAUUCUCUUUCGUUUAUCCUUCAUGCAGACAUGCAGUAGAGAAAGGCAGCUUCUGCCCCUUGCCGUGGUUGGAAUUCCAUUCCAUGUUGACCCUGUGCAUUUUCUGUACAAAAAAACUUUUGGCACGGUGUUGCCACCGUGUUCAACCCUGAUUAACACGUGGGGAAAGCCUCGGGGAAAACCUGACUGACUCUCACGUGUGAUUCUGAAUUUCC